AUGGGGUGCAUAGGGCGAUGGAAUGUGUUGUUGUGGUUCCUCUUCUUAAUCUUAUAUGGGACCUCCACAGUUCGCACAGGCAACCAAGGCAGUAGAAGUAGCAGACAGAGACGCCACACACCGCCUCCUCCAACCGUACAACGACGUCCAAUUCAACGCACGCCUCCGUUGAGCGACUCGGAAAUGAAGAUUUCGUGGUGUGUAGCGAGGCCUGAAAUAGUGACACCAGCUCUCAAACAAUACAUAACAUCUACGUGUAAAAGAAUCAACUGCAGUCAGAUAAAAAAAGGUAAACCAUGUUACUUCGGCAAUGAUCUCAGAAUGGAGGCAUCCUAUUUGCUUAGUUGUAUCCUGCAUGACACGCGCAAUUGCAAUCUAGAAAUAGGAGAUCUAAUCCACGAUGACCCCUCUACUGGCAAGUGUAAAUUUCCAAGGCUCGCCAUUCCCGCAUGA